CUUAGCCUUCUCCUCCCCCGCUCGGAGCGUUGAUGGUACAGUCCAGACGUCCGGGCGGAGACUGCGGCUGCGCUUCUCGCGAAAGGGAAGGAGGCGCGGGACUGGCCACUUCCGCACUUCCGCUUUCCGGCCCAGCCAGCGCCCGCGAUGACUGCCACUCUCCGUCCCUACCUGAGUGCCGUGCGGGCCACACUGCAGGCUGCCCUCUGCCUGGAGAAUUUCUCCUCCCAGGUGGUGGAGCGACACAACAAGCCGGAAGUGGAAGUCAGGAGUAGCAAAGAGCUCCUGCUACAGCCUGUGACCAUCAGCAGGAAUGAGAAGGAAAAGGUUCUGAUUGAAGGCUCCAUCAACUCUGUCCGGGUCAGCAUUGCUGUGAAACAGGCUGAUGAGAUCGAGAAGAUUUUAUGUCACAAGUUCAUGCGCUUCAUGAUGAUGAGAGCAGAGAACUUCUUUAUCCUCCGAAGGAAACCAGUGGAGGGGUAUGACAUCAGUUUUCUGAUCACCAACUUCCACACAGAACAGAUGUAUAAACACAAGUUGGUGGACUUUGUGAUCCACUUCAUGGAAGAAAUCGACAAGGAGAUCAGUGAGAUGAAGCUCUCGGUCAAUGCCCGUGCGCGCAUUGUGGCCGAGGAGUUCCUCAAGAAUUUUUAAAGCAUCUGGCUGGAUCUUGUGGCCUUCCCCCUCAGACUCCCCCGUGUCUCUGCGAAGGCGUCCUGGAGUUACUCCCCAGAGCAGCGGCGGCAGCGGCAGCAGCAGCAGCGGAGGGGAGCUGGGUGUCGGGGUGGGCAUUAGAUGUGGGAGGUGGGGUGUGCUUGCUAGCUGGGCAGCAAAGCAGCAGUGGACCUGCCCCAAGGCCACAUGUGCCUGGUCAGGCUGGCUUCUGAUGUUCAGUCCCCUGGGCUGGGACAGAUUUUUUUUAACGUCUUGAAACUUAAAACUCUGUGCUUGUAGGAGACUGUAACCUUUUUGUCUUUUUUUUUUUUUUUUUUUAAACAAACAACCUCCACCUCCAGUGGCUGUGACUGGUCCCAGUGAUUGUACCUUAUUGGUCGCUGUGGGUCUGGGCGGGCCUGGAGCCAGAAGGCGACUACUGUUCCUCCCUGGAGCCACCCCGGGUGGGGAGGGAGGGAGAUUUCAGACUCCAGUUCCUCCCUCCUUCUCUUAUUUCCUUGGGCCCAGUAGAAGCGGUGGAGACCCUCUGCCAGCUUCCUGAGCUCUGUCUGAAGAUGGCUACCCAGCACUGGUUGGGGACAAGGGCUGAACUGGUGGCCACCAGCCACGCCUAGGAGCUGGGGCCUGAAAGCUAGGCAACCUCUGGCCACAGGGGCCUCUUCGUGCCCUCCCAGCUGAGAGGGGCUGCUGUUUCGCCUUGUCUGUCAGUGCAGUGCCUGUGCUAGAGGUGGAGAGGUGAGUCCUCCAGAGCUUCCCGGCUGGGGCCUCCUGCCUGCUCUGGCUCCUCUGCUCCCACGCUCGCUGUACCUUUUCUUAUUCUGGUGGAUCCUCCCUCCCCUAAUUAAAGUCUCUUUUUGCCCCUCUGGGGGUGCAUGAGG